ACGGGGAGAACUCAGUGGGGAGACAUCCAGCACCAGUCCAAAACAAAAGCAAAAGUCUCGCAAGAAAUCCCUGCCAUCCGCUUGUGAUGAGAGUGUAAGCGGAAAUCUUACAAGGCAGGAGGAUUAGAGGGAAGAUCAGUUUGUUCAGCACCAGCUUCAAGGGGGUUGCUGUCAAAACAGUCCCCGCCGCGCCGCGGACAACAUGGGACUUUGGACACUGUUCCUGCUGCCGCUCGCUGCUGUGGCCGAGCAACACCUGGAACGGACAGAUUUCCCUUAUCAGCCCCCGUACACAAGUGCCGACGCCGUGAAUCUGAAGGGCCAGCGAUGGAGACGCAGUGCGCACAUCAAUAUCGACUCCGUCAAAACAUUGGAAGCUGAAGGGGACCGUCUGAGUCAGGAUCUAGUGGGGGCCAGUCUGGCCAUCGACACCCUGCCGGACAAUGGGACCAACGUGGUGGAAGAUUACCAUAAAUAUUAUGUAUCCCGAAGCUUCGGACCAAGUGAUUCCAGAACGAAAGAUCUCUGGGUCAACUUCACGAAGGUGGACAAGGACAAAGUGAAGGUGCACGGGAUACUGUCAAACACUCACCGGCAGGCUUCGAGACUGAUUCUGUCCUUCGAUUUCCCUUUCUACGGUCAUUAUUUGCGGCAGAUCACCAUAGCAACUGGAGGCUUCAUAUUCACCGGGGAUGUGAUCCAUCGGAUGCUGACGGCCACACAGUACAUCGCUCCACUCAUGGCCAACUUUGAUCCCAGCUACUCCAGGAACUCCACCAUCAGAUACUUUGACAACGGGACUGCAUUUGUCGUACAAUGGGACAAAGUGUACCUGCCGGACCGAGAGGACAUUGGAAGUUUCACCUUCCAGGCCAUGUUGUGUCACGAGGGGAGAAUCGUCUUCAGCUACAAGGACGUCCCGAUAACUGUGACUCAGAUAAAUUCUGAACAACACCCAGUCAAAGUGGGACUGUCUGAUGCCUUCAUGAUCGACCAAGUGGAAUCACAAGCUUCUGAUGAUCAGCGGCGGACAAUUUACGAAUACCACAGGGUGGAAAUGGACAUGAGUGUCAUCAAGAGUAACUCUGCCUUAGAGUUCACUCCGGUUUCCAUGUGUCUGCAACACCUGAGUUGUAACGCCUGUGUCAAUGCUGAGGAUCGCUUCAACUGCAGCUGGUGCGGCGUGCUUCAGAGGUGUUCCAAUGGGUUUGAUCGCCUGCGACAAGAAUGGCUGGACUAUCACUGUAUGGACGAGCACGACGUUGAGCUCUGUGAGAAUCUUCCGGAACAUUCCGAAGACUUCUCCUCGCCGGCGACCCUGUCGAACACGCUGGAGAGCGGCAUUACCAGCACGGCCACGUCAAUGCUUUUCUCGAGCGGCCUCACGACAGAAGAUGACACCAAGUUGCUUUUCCACAUGAGAGACAGUGCAAUAACAGAUGAGGGCCCAGUGGAGAAGAAAGGGGGCCCCAUGCACACUGGUGUGGUGGUGGGAAUCGUGACGGCUGUCAUCAUCAUCACUCUAGUCAUCAUUCUAGUUGUCAUCUACAUCAACACACACCCCCUGUCUUCAGCUGCCUUAUUUUUUAUUGAGGUGAGUCGAAAGAAUGCGGUGGAUUUAUUGGGGCUAUUCAUAAGGGAAGGAGACAGUAAAUUAUCGAUUCUGCCCGCGCGUAAAAACGACUGGGACUUGCAAAUGUGUCUGCAACACCUGAGUUGUAACGCCUGUGUCAAUGCUGAGGAUCGCUUCAACUGCAGCUGGUGCGGCGUGCUUCAGAGGUGUUCCAAUGGGUUUGAUCGCCUGCGACAAGAAUGGCUGGACUAUCACUGUAUGGACGAGCACGACGUUGAGCUCUGUGAGAAUCUUCCGGAACAUUCCGAAGACUUCUCCUCGCCGGCGACCCUGUCGAACACGUUGGAGAGCGGCAUUACCAGCACGGCCACGUCAAUGCUUUUCUCGAGCGGCCUCACGACAGAAGAUGACACCAAGUUGCUUUUCCACAUGAGAGACAGUGCAAUAACAGAUGAGGGCCCAGUGGAGAAGAAAGGAAGCCCCAUGCACACUGGUGUGGUGGUGGGAAUCGUGACGGCUGUCAUCAUCAUCACUCUAGUCAUCAUUCUAGUUGUCAUCUACAUCAACACUCACCCCCUGUCUUCAGCUGCCUUAUUUUUUAUUGAGGUGAGUCGAAAGCGCCGCCCCCACCGAUGGCCAGCCAUGAAGUUCCGCAACAGCAUCGGACAUCCCACCUACACUGAGGUGGAGCCCGUGGGCCACGACAAGGAAGGGUUCCUGGAAGCCGAACAGUGUUAAGACCUCCCUGGGGUGAAGGCGGCUGAGGUGGAGAAAUGGCCAUAGUCCUCCAGAUCUACGGGGCACAGAGAUGGACUCUCUCCGUUUUCCAGCUGCAAUCCUGGCCAACCAGCCUCAUGCCAAUGACGGAAUUGUACCACCUCCGAUCCCCGCUAACAGCCGACCCUACCCGUGUACAUAAGAUGAAGAAUAAGUUACAACUAAUAAGUAUAUGUACAUUAAUUUCUUUGCGAACCAGUUGUGUUCAGAUCCAUAUAUAUAUAGUAUAUAUAUAUACAACAUACCAGCGUAUAGGUAGACCUUAUACAAUGGAAUAUUUCCAUCUACUUUACUGGGGGAAGUGGAUGCAAUUUAGAUUGGGUUCGUAUAAUUUAUAUAUCGCAGUUAUAAUGCACAGAUUUUCAUCCCUCUCCUGCUCCCAGAGUUAUAGACUUUGCAUUGUUCUCAUAGUCAAAGCCAAUAGCAUUACAAUUUCAAUAUGUCUUACUUUUUUUGGUUGCUAAAUGUUAAAAUAAAAGAUUUUCCAUCAUUGGGCCUGAGCAGAGGAAUUGUAACGUGGGGGAAGGAACUGCAGAAGAUACACCGCAGAUAGACACAACAUUUUGGAGCAACUCAGCGGGCCAGGCAGCAUCUCUGGAGAGAAGGGAUGGGUGGCAUUUCGGUUCGGGUCUGAAGAAGGGUCUCGACCCGAAAGUCCAGAACGAGGGGUCACAGUUUAAGGAUAAGGGGGAGAUCUUUUAGGACCGAGAUGGGAAGAAAAACAUUUUUCACACAGAGAGUGGUGAAUCUCUGGAAUUCUCUGCCACAGAAGGUAGUUGAGGCCACAGUUCAUUGGCUAUAUUUAAGAGGGAGUUAGAUGUGGCCCUUGUGGCUAAAGGGAUCAGGGGGUAUGGGGAGAAGGCAGGUACGGGAUACUGAGUUGGAUGAUCAGCCAUGAUCAUAUUGAAUGGCUGAUUUACGGUAACGGCCACUCGUCGGUACUCUGGGCUCUCGUGGACAUUUUUCAUCAGUGUUGAAAAAUCUUCACGAGUCUUCCCGUGCUUACCUGCCGUUAGCGAGUCUUCCCGAGUACCUGCCGUUAGCGCCAAGAGACGUCCCCGAGCUCCGACGUACCCGCUACGUUCAUUCUCCGCGCUUACCACGAGUUUGAUUUGCUUAAAACUCGGGAGAGCUCUUGGAAUGAACUCGGACCGUGGGACGGGGCUAUUACACUUUAGAAAUACAGCACGGAAACCGGCCUGCCGACCAGCGAUCACCCCGCACACUAGCGCUAUCCUACACACACUAGGGACGAUUUACCGAGGCCAAUUAACCUACGAACUUGUACAUCUUUGGAGCAUGGGAGUGGAAACCGGAGCACCCGGAGAAAACCCGCGCAGGGUCACGGGGAGAACGUACAAAAACUCCGCACGCACAGCACCCAUAGUCGGGAUCGAACCCGGGGUCGCUGGCUCUGAGGUCUGCAGCAGCUCAUGAGGGCAGAUUAUCACCCUCUUGAUCAAGGGGCAAUUAGGGGCGGGUAAUAGAUACUGGCCUUGGCAUUGAUGCACAUAUCCCAAAACAAAACAGGUGGCACAGUGGCACAGCAGUAGAGUUGAUGCCCCACAGCGCCAGAGACCAGGGUCCGUGUCCUGACUACGGAUGCUGGAGUUUCAAUGUUCUUGUACGUGGGGUUUCUCCUAGAUCUUCGACUUCCUCCCAUGCUCCAAAGACGUACAGGUCUGUAGGUCACCUGGCUUGGAAUAAAUGUAAAUUGUCCCGAGUGUGUGUAGCUGGAUAGUGUGAGUGUGCGGGGAUCGCUGGUCGGUGUGGACCCGGUGGACUGAAGGGCCUGUUUCCACGCUGUAUCUCUAAAACUAAACUGAACUAAAAUGAAUCAGGAAGACAGACUGGGCUACAAGUGCCCAGGAGACCAGAACUACUAGUCUAAGUGGUUGCGUUUCAAUUGAAAUUCUAUGGAAUUCAGAGUUUUCAUCAAGAAGCAGAGAUGGUCAGAUCUUUUAAGAAUAAGGAGUAAGCCAUUUAGAACGGAGACGAGGAGACACUUUUUCUCACAGAGAGCGGUGAGUCUGUGGAAUUCUCUGCCUCAGAGGGCGGUGGAGGCAGGUUCUCUGGAUGCUUUCAAGAGAGAGCUAGAUAGAGCUCUUAAAAAUAGGAUAAGAGGGGAUCUCAUUGAAACAUAUAAGAUUAUUAAGGGCUUGGACACGCUAGAGGCAGGAAACAUGUUCCCGAUGUUGGGGGAGUCCAGAACCAGGGGCCACAGUAUAAGAAUAAGGAGUAAGCCAUUUAGAAUGGAGACGAGGAAACACUUUUUCUCACAGAGAGUGGUGAGUCUGUGGAAUUCUCUGCCUCAGAGGGCGGUGGAGGCAGGUUCUCUGGAUGCUUUCAAGAGAGAGCUGGAUAGGGCUCUUAUAGAUAGCGGAGUCAGGGGAUAUGGGGAGAAGGCAGGAACGGGGUACUGACUGGGGAUGAUCAGCCAUGAUCACAUUGAGUGGCGGUACUGGCUCGA